UUCACACUUCCCUAUUAAACCCUAAUAUCUCCCUAGCUCUUCUCUGCUCUCUCUCUCUCUCUCUGGCUGGCUGGCUGUCUCUCUUCUUGAUAAAAUUGGCAAUGGCGAAGCGCAGGUCGAUGAGAUCCAAGGAAGACGAACAGGCAGCUUCGGUGGAAGCCGGGUCCACUUCUCCGAGGAAGCGUAGAGAGAUAGUGGCCAAUGUUGCCGGGAGCGAGAGUGAUAGCGAGGUAGAGGCCAGGUUAGUAGGAGACCCUGUCCCGGUGGAGGAGGCGAAGAGUCGGUGGCCUAAGCGGUACGGGGCGAAGAAGCGCGUAGUUGGGACAAAAGAUUCAAAUGAUAAGGAUGAUUCAGAGGAGAUUAUUCAAGCUUUACGCCAUUACACUCGGGCAGAGGUCGAUGGGCGGAUCCUUUAUGAUCUUUAUGAUGAUGCUCAUGUUAAAGCUGGUGAUGGGGAACUUAAUUUUAUCUGUAAGAUUGUGGAAUUAUUCGAGGCUGUUGAUCAUAGUCUUUAUUUUACAGCACAGUGGUACUAUAGAGCUCAAGAUACCGUCAUUAAAAACCUUAGUGAUUUGAUUGAUACCAAGCGCGUGUUCUUUUCAGAAAUCAGGGAUGAUAACCCAUUAGAUUGUUUAGUUGAGAAAUUACACAUCGCGAGACUUUCUUUGAAUAUUGAUUUGAAUACUAAGAGGAAGUCAAUUCCAGAUUGUGACUAUUACUGCGACAUGCUCUAUUUAUUGCCAUACUCUACAUUUGUUAACUUACCACCAGAUACUAAGCAUGCCAGCAGUGAGACAUCAUCAACGAUUUCUAGUGAGAUUGAUGUGAGUGGGGCUGAACUUGAAGAGGUUUCCCAAGUUAAUAAGCAUCAUAAACUGGAGGUGACAUUGUUGGAUCUUUAUUCUGGUUGUGGUGCUAUGUCCACUGGAUUGUGCCUUGGCGCAAGCUUGUCUAGUUUAAAUCUUGUCACAAAAUGGGCAGUUGACUUGAAUAAGUAUGCUUGUGAAAGUCUCAAACUAAACCAUCCAGAGACAGAGGUUAGAAAUGAAUCUGCCGAGGACUUUUUGUCAUUGCUGAAGGAGUGGGAGAAAUUAUGCCUUUAUUUUUCUCUGAUUAGUGGUGGUGAUUUUCCGCAAGAGUAUUCGGAUCUCUUUGGAACAGAAGAUGUAGAUGAUGGGGAUGGUAGCAGUGGUGAUACAGAUGGGGAAGAAGGUGGGGAAGUGUUUGAAGUUGCGAAGAUACUGAAAAUACGUUAUGGUGAUCCCAAUGAGACAAAAGAACGUGGAUUAUAUCUUAAGGUUCGCUGGAAAGGUUAUGGUGCUUCUGAAGACACUUGGGAACCAAUUCAAGGAUUGGGUAAUUGUAGGGACACUAUAAAAGAGUUCGUCACUCAUGGUUACAAUUCAAGUAUCUUACCUUUACCUGGUGAUGUUGAUGUGAUAUGCGGUGGACCUCCUUGUCAAGGUGUAAGUGGGUUUAAUCGGUUUAGGAAUAAAGAGAAUCCGUUGGAUGACGAGAAAAAUAAACAACUUGAAGUUUAUAUGAAUUUAGUACAACAUCUGAAGCCGAGAUUUGUUUUGAUGGAAAACGUGGUCGACAUUGUAAAGUUCGCGGAUGGUUUUCUUGGACGAUAUGCAUUAGGUCGUCUCAUAGGGAUGGACUAUCAAGUCCGGAUGGGAAUGAUGGCAGCAGGUGCAUUUGGGCUUCCACAAUUUCGCAUGCGUGUUUUCAUAUGGGGUGCCCGUCCUACUGAGAAGUUGCCUCAAUUCCCACUCCCCACCCAUGAUGUUGUUGUAAGGGGGGUUAUUCCUGUUGCUUUUGAGAUGAAUACGGUUGCCCAUGAUGAAGGACACAAUCUUAAGUUGGAAGAAAAACUUCUUCUUCAGGAUGCCAUUUCUGACCUUCCUACGGUUGAGAACGAUGAGGACAGAGAUGAAAUUCCCUAUCGUAAAGCUCCCACGACAGAAUUUCAAAGGAUUAUUAGAUUAGGCAGAGAGGAUCUGCCGGGUUCUUCUCCAAAGGCCAAACAAUCUAAAUUUGUCCUUUAUGAUCAUCGUCCACUAAAGUUGAACGAGGAUGAUUACGAACGUGUUUGUAGGAUCCCCAAGAAAAAGGGAGCAAAUUUUAGAGAUUUACCUGGUGUUAGAGUCCGUCCUGAUAACAAAGUCGAGUGGGAUCCUGAUAUAGAGAGAGUUUACUUGAAGUCUGGAAAGCCUUUGGUGCCUGAUUAUGCGAUGAGUUUUGUUAAUGGAAGCUCAACAAAACCCUUCGCCCGUUUAUGGUGGGAUCAGACUGUGCCAACAGUAGUUACACGGGCAGAACCUCACAACCAGGCAAUAUUACACCCUGAACAAGAUAGGGUGCUAACGAUACGUGAAAAUGCCAGACUUCAGGGUUUUCCAGACUAUUACAAGCUCUGUGGGCCUGUUAAAGAGAGAUAUAUUCAAGUUGGGAAUGCUGUCGCAGUACCUGUUGCUCGAGCAUUAGGCUAUGCAUUAGGUUUAGCAUGUCGAUCGUCCGGUACUGUCGAUGAACCCUUAUUCACACUGCCUCCUAAAUUCCCUAAUAUUUUGGAACGGUAUUCUUCUGCAGCAUCUGAAGAUGAUAAUUGAUUCUUACGUAGGAAAGGAUACAUUGUAUUUGAGCAUUACAUAUUAUUCUAUUCAGGGAAUUACAAAUGCAAUCAUAGCAUUUUUAUGUA